CAGAUCGGUUUCCUGCUGCUCACUCCUGACAGCGGCUGCUUCACAUCUCCUCCUGAUGACCACCAGGACAUCCUCCUUCCCCCACCCCCGAGGCCAGAUCCCACAGCCAUCGUCCCAGCUGACAGUUGUCUAAUGGAAAGACACAGCUCUGUGAAAUAAAGGUGGCACCCUACAGCAACACAACCGGAAGGCAUGACGCUCUCACUGAGCCAAGCUCUGACUAACUGCUCAUUGAGAUGGUCUGACUGGGUCUUGGCACAAGCCACCUAAAGCCUCAUUGUUAGGCCGCUGUUAGGCUGCAGGGUGUAUGACGGCGAUGGCAAGAAGAACAACGACAAAUGUCCAGGGGGGGCAACCAUUGCUCGUUUUAGCAUCACCCAUGGGGACAUUUUCUGAGAGCAAUGGUAUGGAUUUCACGUCUUCGUACAGCGAGUCCCGAAAGAUUGAAAAGGAUGUCCCAAACUCAAGGCCCCGGGAAGAGGAUAAUGGCACAUCAGGGGCUGAUGAAAGCUCAAUGAACAUUGGACUAUCUAGCACAAUGUCUCAUGAUUCACCUAGUUCCCUGAACAAACUGGGUUCUAUGACUGUCAAUGAGGGGCAGGGGUCCCUAAGGAUGCAAUGUCCCACCUCUGUCUGCUGGAGGAAUUCUGGUGAGUGUAACACCACUGCUGAUCUGGAGGUCCCAUACCAUGUAAAUGUCCGGCUUGGCUGCCCUGAACGGUUGGACCACAUUCCUAAACCGCCAAGGUAUUUGAAUCAGUCCUUAGAUGCAUCUGUGCUGCAAAUGGGCUCACAGAACCAUAAACUUGGGACUGACGUAGACAAAUCAGGAUGCUGCGUAGAUCUUUGUCUUCUUCCCAAUGAGUACUGCUACACAGGUGCCAAUGAGUACUGCUACACAGGUGCCAAUGAGUACUGCUACACAGGUGCCAAUGAGUACUGCUACACAGGUGCCAAUGAGUACUGCUACACAGGUGCCCCUGGCGCCGCUAUAGAUGGCCAGUUUAAGUGCUUCUGGAAGUCGAGGCCUCGCGGCUUGAAUUGCUUUACCAGAGGCCAGCUUGGUGACCUUUUCAGCUCGGGGUUUUUGGUCAGCGAGAGCCCGGAUGGUAUGGCGAUACCUUCCAUGGACGAGGGAGGCAAGAAGGACGACAAGGAGGAUGAGAACAUCGAGGAUGUGGAGAAUGACGAGGACGAUGAUGACGACGUUUUCCCUGAGCUGCCGUGCUACAGGGAGUUUCUGCUCAGCCGGUGUAUGAGCAGGAGCAGAUGCCAGUGGAGCAGGACUGCGAGGAGACUGGAUGUCGCACAUAUCAGCUGUGACCCCACUGGCCGUGGCUGGUCUGAAGAGGAGGCUGUCAACUCUGAGGAGAUCCAGCCUGUGCUUUCGCCCUGGUCCCAGUCCAUGAGCCAGCUGAUGCAGAAGUUGGACCAGCUCAAUCUAGACAUCCAGGAGGCCCUAAGCACUGGCUCCUCGCCCACCGGCACCCCUACCAGUGCCCAGAAAAGUGAGGCGAGCUGGCAGGUAGCCGUGAGGAUGAGCCCGGCUGAAGCAGAAAUUGAGGCGAAGGAGGCAUGCGACUGGCUGCGAGCGGCGGGAUUUCCCCAGUACGCCCACCUGUACGAAGAUUCCCAGCUUCCCAUCGAUAUCUCCUCCGUUAAAAGAGAUCAUGAUUUCCUGGACAAGGAUCUGGUCGAGCCUCUCUGCCGACGACUUAACACCCUGAACAAGUGUGCCUCUAUGAAACUGGACGUCAGCCUUCCCAAGAAGAAAAGCGAAGACUCAGAUGAAGAAGAUCAGCUGGCGAUCAGCAACCGAUGGACGUUUGAGUGGAGCAGUCGCCGGUGGUCGAGGCUGCAGGACAUCGACUGCAUCCUGGAAGGCGAGGAGGGGGCAUGUCCCAGAGGCCUGGAGGCGGAGCUGCAGGGGGCAGGCAGUCGGGAGAGCGUGCUAACAGACCUGAGCGAGCCGGAGGUGUCGUCACUGCAUAGUGGGAGCAGCGGCGGCAGCAGGAGUGGAGAUCUGGCCACCCUAAGGCCUGCCCGCUCCGCCUCAGCCUCCAUCAUGCCUCACCCCAGCUCUUUGGCACCGUCCCCAAUGUCCGACGACCGGCUACGGUACAGCUCUCUGCCCUCCAAAAGCAGCCGGCAUGGCCGGACACGCGCCAAAGACUUCCUGCGCCGCAUGGAGACGUUGCGUUCCCGGCGGUCCUCUUCAGGGAAGGCUGCCCGCAAAACCCCGACCAUCAGCGGGCCUGUCCUUCAGUAUGAGCCUGAAAGCCUCCGUGUGCUGCAGUGUGUAGAGAUUGCCAACGGCGACGUGGCUGCGCCGGAGGUGAACGGGAGUAGCGGCCUGCACUCCCAGUCCAGCUGCAGCACCAGCAGCACGCCCAGCCUGAAACCACAGCGGGCCCUCCACAAACGCAGUGGCGUCUACCUGGAAGACCUGGAUGUGCUCGCUGGCGCCCCCGUGAGGAAGACUGCCGAGCAAGGUCGCCGGAGCGAGUGCCGCUCCUAUGAGGACCUAGUGGUGCACAUCCCCAAGGACCACAAGCCGGGUACCUUCCCCAAGGCACUCUCCGUAGAGAGCCUGACGCCCACCCCUGGCACCACCGUGAGCUCUGGCUGGCGGCCCGAUGUCCGGCAGCACCGGGACCUGCCUCCUAUCUCCCGGCUCUGUCCACGGGGCAGCCGCGCCAGCGUCUACGACAAUGUCCCCAGCUCCCACCUAUACGCCAGCACCGGGGACCUGAUGGACCUGGAGAAGGAGGACUUGUUCCCGCAGCUGGACGACAUCCUGCAGCAUGUCAACGGCCUGCAGAAGCUGGUCAACAACUGGUCCCGGAGCGUCCUGCCUGACGGUGAGGCCCGGCGCAACUCUGCCAGCCAGGUCACACUGGACGGAGAGGGGAGCUUAGCGCUGGAGGGCCGGACCACGCCCAGUGACCUGGACAGAGACGGCAUUUCACUUAAUGACACGGACUCCAGUGGGACGAGGGAGAGGAGGGAUUCUGGCGUCGGGGCCUCGCUCACCAGACCUAGCCGCCUGCGGUGGCCCAGCUUCAGAAUCUCCUGCCACCUCGGCCAAUCCAGUGCCUCAUUGCAGAUCAACAGCCAAUCAGUAGGCCAGCUCUGCUUGCUGCAGAAGUUCUCACUCCUGCGCCUCACUGCCAUCAUGGAGAAAUUCUCCAUGUCCAACAAACAUGGAUGGACCUGGUCGGUGCCCAAGUUCAUGAAGAGGAUGAAGGUGCCGGACUACAAAGACAAAAAUGUCUUUGGGGUCCCGCUGAUCAUCCAUGUGCAGCGGUCUGGGCAGCCACUGCCUGUCAGCCUUCAGCAGGCUCUGCAUUACCUAAGGAGUCAGUGUCUGGACCAGGUGGGGCUUUUCCGCAAGUCGGGGGUAAAGUCGCGGAUCCAGGCACUGAGGCAGAUGAACGAGAGCUCCCCCGAGCACGUGGACUACGAGGAGCAGUCGGCCUACGACGUGGCGGACAUGCUGAAGCAGUUCUUCAGAGACCUACCCGAACCUUUGCUCACCAGCAAGCUGGGCGAGACCUUUCUGCACAUCUACCAGUACGUACCCAAGGAGCAGCGACUCCAGGCAGUGCAGGCCGCCAUCAUGCUGAUGUCGGACGAGAACCGCGAGGUGCUGCAGGCCCUGCUGUGCUUCCUGAGUGAUGUCACUUCCUCUGUGGGGGAGAACCAGAUGACUCCCAUGAACAUCGCUGUGUGCUUGGCACCCUCGCUUUUUCACCUCAACAUCCUGAAGAAGGACAACCUGUCACCACGAGCCAUGCAGAAGAAGUAUGCCACAGGGCGACCAGACCAGAAGGACCUGAAUGAGAACAUGGCUGCCACCCAAGGGCUGGCCCAUAUGAUCACUGACUGUGUCCGCCUGUUCGAGGUGCCCCAUGAGAUGGUGGCGCAGUCGCGUAACUCGUAUGUGGAGGCGGAGAUGCCACUGCCCACCGUGGAGGAGCUGUGUGGGCCCCGGGAGGGCAGUGAGGCCUACUGCCAGGGCCGCAUGGAGAUCCUGCUGCAGGAGCUGCUCAGAGAGGCCCGAGACAGGUCCAAGGCCUGGGUAUCCUGUCCCUCCAGCGACGGCGCGGAGCUGUCCUACAGGAAGGUAGGGGACGGUAAUCCCCUCCGGCGCUGGCGGGUCAUGGUCGAGGUGGAGGCCCCGCCCUCUGUGGUGCUGAACCGCGUGUUACGUGAGCGCCACCUAUGGGACGUGGACCUUCUGCAAUGGAAGGUGAGGGAGACGCUGGACAGGCAGAUGGAGGUUUUCCAGUACGCCAUCAACAGCAUGCCCCCACACCCCAGCCGCGACUUCGUAGUGCUCAGGACCUGGCGAACAGGUAUGCCUAAGGGUGCAUGUGCUCUGGUGUCCUUGUCUGUGGAUCUCGAGGACUGCCCGGCUAUGGGUGGGGUCCGCUGCGUUAUUCUGGACUCGCAUUUCCUGUUGGAACCGUGUGGAACGGGGAAGUCUCGCCUUACGCAUAUCUGCAGAGUUGACCUGAAGGGCAGGUCUCCGGAGUGGUAUAAUAAGGCUUUUGGCUACCUGUGCGCAGCCGAGGCAGCCCGCCUCCGCAACUCCUUCCAGCCGCUGGACUCUGAUGGCCCCGAAACCAAGAUCUGAGGCACGGGGACAUUCUGAGGCGGGCUCCCAUGGGCCCCAGGGUCAAAAAUGCUGCUGGAUGGGGGCCCCGAAAAGCCUGUCCCAUGCUACAACGCUGAUUCGCUGGAGCUGAGCCAUUCACCAUCAUGCUGCAGUAACACUCUGUCUGCUUGACAGUCAUCGCCAGUUAAUUAUCAACAUUUAUAUGCUUCUUGUUGUUUUUAUUAUUGCUAUUAUUAUUGUUGUUGUUAUUAAUGUUAUUAUUAUUAAUAUUAUUGUUGUAAUUAUAGAUCUUGUCAUUGUAAUCUUAAUUUAUGAUGUCUAGGACAUUUGGCCAUUUCAGAGCUUCUAAGAAGCAUUUCUGUUUAAUUCAUUUUAAAUACAAAACUAUAUAUAAAUAUAUAAAUAAAAUGUGUGUGUGCAUCUGUGAAUGUGCAGGUGUGUGGCUACAUGCACACCAGACUCUAUGUGCUCCAUACGGGUAGGGGUUCCUCGCCCGCCCCUCCUUCCUGUUUGUAGUAAGCCACGCCCACUGCUGCAUCAAAAGCGGCAUGCGAGGCAGCGCUGUGAGCCCAUUCUCUCGUGCUAUUUUGUUGUGUGUCAAUCAGAAGCAGGUCGGACUGAACACUGAAGCUCUGGUGUGUACUGGAUGUGCUACUUAGCGGACAACAGGGUUUUCACUGAGAGGAUUAAAACAAAUAUAAAAUGCAAAAA